UUCAAAUAUUUUAUUUCCUAAUAAUUUCGUCAAACAAUCGCGAUCACAAUGAAAAUAUUCAAGAAACGGCAGAAGAAGGUCAAGUCCUUCUUCCGAAGCGAGGAUAUGGAGCUGUGCCAACUACUGCUGCACACGGAGAACGCUUUCGACUGCCUGGUGGAGUUGGGUCACCAUGGAACAGUUCAGUUCAACAAUGUCUACGAUGAGGAUCGAAUGCUGAACAACCUUUACUCGAAGAAGGCUGCGCAUUGCUAUGAACUGUUGCGGAUUGUUGAGAGUCUGCACGCUCAGAUCAUCCAGUUGCAUGUGAACGAGGUGUUCUAUCCGGAUGUGGAUCAGGAGAAUCGUGUGAGGGAGAAGGAUCUGCCCAAGUACGCCGAUAGGUUGAAACGUCUGCAUGUCGAGGCCACUGCCGUAACGGAGCACUAUUACCGACUGGACAACCGGCGGAAUCGGAUGAUGGAGCAUAGCUACGCUAUAACCAGGGCUAACAAGUACAUGACCGCGGAUAUGGGCAGUGAACUACUGUACUCGGAGAGCACUCUGAUGGGUCUGGUGCACGACGCCACCAUUACCUCGGGAGGCCACCAAUCGCAGCUGCACUAUAUGAUUGGUAGUAUUCGGGCCGACAAGUUCUAUAGCUUUGAGCUGUUGCUCUACCGACUGUGUUCCUUCAAUCUGAUCAUUCGCUUUUCCGAAAUGCCCACUCCGGUCUUUGAGUACCAUCAUGGUCAGAAGCCGGAGAGGGUGCGUAAGUUUGUGAUCCUUAUGAUGACCAGUUCCACGAUGAUCUGGCCCAAGGUUUUGAAGAUCUGCAGUCACUAUCAUGUUCACAUCUUCGAUUGCCCAAGAUCGGCCAGCCAGCGGCAGGAGAAGGUCAGAGAACUGAGCCAGGAGAUAUUAAACGCAGAGAAGGUCCUUAAAGAAGCCGAACACAUGCGUCGCCAGAUCUUGGUGGUAGCUGGGCAGGAUCUGUUCAUUGUCAGGGUGAAUCUACGCAAGGCACUUAAGGUAUACGAUCUCAUGAAUCGCCUGAGAUUGGUGGGCGGAAUAGAGGUGCCCAAAUACCUAUUGGCCGAGGUGUAUAUACCAACUUCCGAUGUCCCGGAAGUUAGGUCAACUCUCCGAAAUGCCUCGAGAUUAAGUGGGGGAGCAGAUGCCGAAAACAAAAAGGAAAACGAACAGGGAAACGUGGAAGAGGAGGAAAACGAUCGGUUUGAGACCAAACCAAAGGAAGAGACACGUACAUCAGAUUUCCUGCCUGGCGACGAUAUGGCUUCCCGAGCCAUUUUGUUAAAGAAAAACCGAUUUGUUAAUCACAUGCCACCAACGUACUUUCGGCUGAAUAAGUUCACCCGGGGAUUCCAGAACCUGAUAGACGCCUAUGGAAUGGCUGACUACAAGGAGCUGAAUCCCGCUCCGUAUACCAUCAUCACCUUCCCCUUUCUCUUCGCCGUGAUGUUCGGUGACUUGGGACAUGGACUGCUGAUCAUUUUGUUUGCCAUACUCAUGAUUUGGAAGCGCAAGCAGAUCGAGAAGUUUCAGAUUGCCUCGACCUCGGAGAACGAGAUUUUGAAUAUCCUCUUCGCAGGUCGCUAUAUAAUCCUACUGAUGGGCAUUUUCUCCGCCUACAUGGGCAUCAUCUACAACAUAGUCAUGUCCAAGGGGGUGAAUCUGUUUGGUUCAAGCUGGAGUUGUCGCUAUAAUGCGGCUACUGUGGAAGGCAUCGUGACCAAAUUGACUUUUGACGCUUCGAAUCCGAACUUUUACUCGGGCGAUCCGUAUCCCAUAGGUUUGGAUCCAAUAUGGUCCGUUUGCGGUCAGGACUCAAUAACCACCACUAACUCCUUGAAAAUGAAGUUGGCAAUCGUCCUGGGCAUUUCGCAGAUGAUGUUUGGACUUGGUCUGGCGGCAGCUAAUUGUAUAUUGCUAAAAAGGAAGGCGGAUCUCAUUUUAGUGGUGAUUCCGCAGUGCAUUUUUAUGUUGAGUCUCUUUGGCUACCUCGUCUUCCUGAUCUUCUACAAGUGGCUGUUCUACGGUGGCCAUAAGCCGUCGCCAUACAACUCGGCGUGUGCUCCCAAUGUCCUGAUUACCUUCAUCAACAUGAUGCUAUUGAAGGAUGAAGAGAAUGAGGAGUAUUGCUUGAGUGACAUGUAUCCCAACGAACGAUUCGUUGAGUACUUCCUGGUAUUCUUAGCCCUCUGCAUGAUUCCCAUUUUAUUGGCCGGCAAGCCGCUAUAUCUCCUCCGCCGCCGAAGACAAAUAAAAAAGGAGCGGGAGAUAAGGGAAUCAAAGCCGCGCCGGCAGACUAUCAGGGAAAUGCGAUCCACGAUGCGGUAUACCGAGGAUGAUAUCAGUGAGUCUAGCAAGAACAGGAGUAUGGACAACGACGAGGAGUUCGAGAUGUCGGAGAUUUGGAUACACUCGGGCAUCCACACCAUUGAAACGGUCCUGGGAUCGGUAUCACAUACAGCCUCCUAUUUGCGUCUCUGGGCUCUGUCCUUGGCCCACGACCAGUUGUCUGAUGUCCUGUGGCAGAUGGUCCUUAACAAGGGAUUACAAAAUACCCUGCCAUUGUACUAUUCCGUGCCUGUUCUCAUGGCAGCCUUUUUCGCCUGGGCCAUCCUUACUGUGGCCAUUCUGGUGAUGAUGGAGGGUCUCAGUGCCUUCCUGCACACCCUGCGCCUUCACUGGGUGGAGUUCCAAUCGAAAUUCUUCGGCGGAACGGGCGAAUCCUUCAAGGCGUUUAAUUUUCCGCCUUCCAAUCAGAGGAGUUAGUUUUUGUUUUCCAGCUUCCAGUUUCCAAAUAAAAAUUUAUUGUUGCUGAAUUUACGUACUUUUUGAAUCUAAAUCUAUUUUAUUACUUACCAUA